AUGGCAGACAGCGCUCUCAAUUCAAGUACAGAGGUCGCUGCCCAAGCUGUCCAUGUUCGCGCAAACUUAAAAACAUGGGAGAAAGCCUUCGCGUCAGCAAAUGGGGGCAAGAAAGCCGGACGCGACGAUAUCAAACAGAAUCCGGAUAUUGCUGCGAAAUACAAGGAAUACAGUCGGCUCAAAGCCCUCGAGGCCUCCUUAACUCGACGCGAAAACCGCCGACAGGAAACAGAAAGUCACUCUAAAAAGCGGAAACACGCAUCACCCCCCGGUUCAGAAGGCACAUAUACUCAAACCACCCCGCGCAAAUCCUCCAAAGGCCUAUUUGCGACUCCGUCCAAUAAUCGCACCAAAAUCCACCCUGCGCAACUCGAUCCGUAUGAUUCACCUUCAACCCUUCGCAGACUGUUCAGUCCCAGCACACAUCAGACGGCUGCGUCGCCAUUGAAGGCUGCAAUUGGUCCGACUCCUCAGCGCGAUGGGAAAACAUUGGGUCUCUUCGACAUGCUAUCCGAGUCGGGAGGCAGUGGCGGAACACCCUCCGUUAAGCGACAGACGAGUAACUUAGCUGCAGGAUUCAGAACUCCGUCUAAACGAAGACCGGUUGCGACAAUCCCCGAGGAUCCAGAGGAAGAGCCACAACAGGAAACACCAAGACUGGCGCGCACCCCUGCCUCUGAGACUAAGCAGUUCUAUCUUGCCAACCUGUUUGCGACACCGACGACAAUGCGCUAUGCUGCUCUGGUUGAAGCAGAAGAUAAUGCAGAGGCACAGAGUGGAACAUUACACCCUGCUCAGAUAUCACCACAGCCUGCUCACUCUGGGACCCCCUCCUUCCUUCGUCGUUCGAAUUCUGGUCGAUAUCCUCCACCCGGUGCAAGCAAUGGUGGACAGGGCCUCAGUCCUAUUGUUUCACGCAAGCCACAACAAUUCGCCAGUAAAGGAUUGUCGCAUCUGGUUCAGGGACUGCGGGAUAUGGAAGAAGACCGCAUGGAAGAUGACUGGGAAGUGAUGCGUGAGAUGGAGGAAGAGGCUGAAGCAGAAGAAAUGGCCAAGAACCAGGAGGAGGACAGUCAGGAUCCGGAUGUCAACCGAAAGUACAAGAAGAAGGGCCAGAAGCGAACUACUCGAAGAGUGGUUAUGCGGCCUGUUAUUAAUCAGCCGAAGCCUAAGCAAACGCCUGCUCCUACCGAAGAGGAUGAAUUCUCGGACAGUGACGACGAGUUGGCAGCAGUUCCAGAGACUCAAUUUGCACCUGGUGUCAAUGAUGCCAAUGAUGGCUGGGAUGAUGUCCCCAGUGACAUUGAGCGUGCGGAAGAAGGUGCUGCAGCUCCAAAUAUGUCAGAGCCUGAACAGGACACCGACGCAGAGUUUGAUCCAGACUCGGAUGACGACCCUGGAUUCGGAGGGAGGCCCAAACCUGUCGCUAGGACGAAGAGUUUCUCGGAGAGGAUCAAGGAGGCUGUAUCAUCUUCUGCAGCGGCAAAACCGAAGGAGCCAGCAUCUCUGGAUAAACCCCCAAAGACCGCUGCGCCUGAAGGAAAGAAGCCUUAUGCUCGAAAGGUCAACCCUCAGGCUCAUGCAAACUAUCGAUCAUUGAAGAUUGGAAACAGAGGAGGUUCUCGGGGUAGAGGGGGGCGCUUCCGUCGGAGAUAG